CUUGUCCCCUUCAUCCUCACCCAGAUUCUGGUAAUAACUACAAAUACUUUGUAACCCCAAUGUCCAAUUUCCAUCUGAUAAGGUCUAUCCAGCAUUUUGGUAUCUACUGGUUCAAUUGUCUUUUAGCAGAUUAGUUUUUUGAUUAAGAAUGGAGUCUGGAGCAAAGGCCAAAAAGGGUGCAGGGGGUAGAAAGGGAGGAGGCCCUAAGAAGAAGGGGGUGUCCAAAUCAGUCAAGGCAGGGCUACAGUUCCCUGUUGGAAGGAUUGGAAGGUAUCUUAGGAAGGGAAGGUAUGCCAAGAGAGUGGGCACAGGAGCUCCUGUCUAUUUGGCAGCUGUGCUUGAAUACUUAGCUGCUGAGGUUUUGGAGCUUGCUGGAAAUGCUGCCAGAGACAAUAAGAAGAACAGGAUAAUCCCAAGGCAUUUGCUUUUAGCUGUGAGGAAUGAUGAGGAGUUGGGGAAACUUAUGGCUGGUGUGACCAUUGCACAUGGUGGUGUUUUACCAAACAUUCACCAAGUGUUGCUUCCAAAGAAGAGCGCCAAGGAACCCAAGUCACCUGCAAAGGCUUAAGAGGAUCAUAAGCUUUUGUUCCAUAUUCCUUUAGAGAAGGAGGGCUUCAUUCUUUUCCCAUUUAUUUUAACUUUCACGAUGGUGUUUUGUAACACCACCUCUUGUGGAAUGAUGUGGAAUGCUGCGCAGUUUCAUAGAUCUGGUUAUGUCAGCUCUUUUCCUGUUAUGAUGAUUCUGCUGGGUGUGGACUAAACUUUCUUGUGAUGAUUUUGAAUUUGAAUGUUUAUUGCAGUUUGUUGAA